AUGACUAUCAUCUCGAAACCGACCGUUCUCCUCCUCGCGAUGUCCUCACUAGCACUAGCGGUUCCUCGAGCCGAGCUCGAAGAUCGUGAGAGCGCGUGUGGUGAUGCCCACCUCAUCGUUGCUCGUGGCUCUAUCGAACCCCCAGGCGAGGGAAUCAUCAUCACCGUCGCGGCGACGAUUGCGGUCACUUCCCACCAGAACAUCACCCAGGAAGCGAUUGAUUAUCCCGCCCUUUUGGACCCGUACGACCUCUCUGUGACGAAUGGAACUGCCGCGGUGAAGAGGCAGGUUGCCGCGUUUGCUCAACGGUGCCCACAGACGGAGAUUGUGCUCAUAGGGUACUCCCAGGGCGCUCAGAUCAUCGGCGAUGCCAUGUGCGGCGGAGGUGGUGGCCAGUUCGGCGAGAAGACGCCUCCCUUGGACACGCCUCUACGUAAUAGAGUCGUCGCGGUCCUUCAAAUGGGCGACCCCCGCUACACCUUCGGUGAAUCCUAUCACGUCGGCACCGCCAUCAACCAGGGACUGUUCCCUCGCCUCAGUGAUCAAUCGUGUGAGCCUCAGGCCUUAAAGUUCCGCUCGUAUUGCGAUUCAGGCGAUCCAUUCUGUGACUCCGGACACGACCUUCUGGUGCAUCUGACCUAUCCGGCGGUCUAUGGAUCUGAUGCCGCCCGGUGGGUCGUCGACAAGAUUGGUGGUUAA